AUGGCGUCCGAGCCCAAGCCCAAGCUCCUCUGGAACGCCGAGAACAUCAAGGACAUUGCCGAGUCGGUCGGCAUCGCGUCCCUCAACGACGAGGCGCAAAAGGCCCUGCAGCAGGAUGUCGAGUUCCGCGUCGGCCAGAUCCUCGUCGAGGCCCUGCGCCUCAUGCGCGCCGCCCGCCGCACCACCAUGACCGUCCAGGACGUCUCCCUCGCCCUGCGCGUCCUCGACGUCGAGCCGCUCUUUGGCUACGACUCGACCCGGCCGCUGCGCUACGGCGAGGCCAGCCUCGGACCCGGCCAGCCGCUCUUCUACAUCGAGGACGAGGAGGUGGACUUUGAGAAGCUCAUCAACGCGCCCCUGCCCAAGGUCCCGCGCGACAUGAACUUUACUGCCCACUGGCUUGCCAUCGAAGGCGUCCAGCCCUCCAUCCCCCAGAACCCGACCACGGCCGACUCGCGCUCCCAGGAGCUCCUCCCCAAGGGCCCCGGCGCCAACCCCGCCCUCAACGCCCUCGCCGGAAACGACAACAUCUCCAUCAAGCCCUCGGUCAAGCACAUCGUGAGCAAGGAGCUCAUCCUGUACUUUGACAAGAUCCAGGCCGCGGUCCUCGACGACAACCCCGAUGAGGAGGUGGUGCGCCUGCGCCAGGCCGCCCUCGGCUCCGUCCGCGACGACCCGGGUCUGCACCAGCUUGUCCCCUACUUUAUCAACUUUGUCAUGGACCGCGUCACCCACCACCUCGACGACACCUUCACCCUCAAGCAGAUGAUGGAGCUCACCAACGCCCUCAUCGAGAACCAGAGCCUCUUCCUGGACCCCUACGCCAGCUCCCUCUCCGCCCCGGCCCUGACCUGCCUCAUGGCCCGCAAGCUCGGCUCCGACGACGGCGUCGACGCCCUCAAGGAGCAGUACGACCUGCGCCAGCUCUCCGCCUCCCUCGUCGGCCGCAUCGCCCGCAAAUACGCCGCCUCUAAUACCCUGCUCCGCCCCAAGCUCACCCGCACCUGCCUCAAGUACUUGCUCGAUCCCACGAAACCUCCAGCCGUCCUCUACGGCGCCAUUCAGGGUCUGCUUGAGGCUGGCGGGCCGGAAGCCAUUCGCGUCCUCGUUCUGCGCAACCUCAAGGCCUUUGACGCGGGUAUCCUGCAGCCGCUCAAGGAAAAGUCAGAGGGCAGCAUCGACUACGAGAUGCUCGUGCAUGGGCUCGUCCAGGCCGUGGCGUCCCUGGCCACCCGUACCGACAACGCUAUCAACGGUGUUGGUGGCGCGCCCACGGACGCCGAGGUGGCCGAUCUCAAGGAAUUCAUCGGUCCCAUUGUCGGAGAGCGCGUCGCGGCGUCGCGCAACCGCAGCCUAGUCCGCACCGUCCUAGAUGCGAGACAAUUGGAGUAG